GAAAGACGAUGCCGCCUUUGCCGAACUGCUGAACAGACUCCGCGUCAAAGACAAGUCUCACGAACUGUCGGAACCGGACGCAUCUCUGCUUGCUACGAGGUACGCUUCUCCGGUAACGUGUCCAAAGAAUAUUCUGCAUAUUUUUGCCACCAAUAAACAGGUAGACGGCCAUAAUUCCGCGAUGCUGAAUCUGCUUCAUAAGGACAUUGUGCAAAUUGACGCAGAUGACUACAAGAAAGACAAAAAAACCGGCAAAAUGGCAAGGCAAGCGACCCCUGUCCAAGGACCUAAGAACGGGUUGCCCGACUCGAUCAAAGUCGCCGUCGGCGCCCGCGUUAUGAUCACGCGCAAUAUUGAUGUUCGAGCAGGUCUGUGCAACGGGACAUUUGCAAAAGUUGUGCAAUUGGUGAAUUACCCGAACGAAGCGCGUGUACAGAAACUUGGGCUGGAACUAGACUGUGUCACUAAGACGAGAAGUGCUGCGAAUUCUGUGUUCAUUGACAGACAGGAGGAGAGGAUGCAGAAUUCCGGAGUGGUGCGCCGGCAGUUUCCCGUUAAGCUUGCAUUUGCUUGCACGAUCCAUAAGGUACAAGGCAUGACGACAUCAGAGGCCGCGGUUUCGCUGAAAGGCGUUUUCGAACACGGCAUGAGCUACGUAGCUCUGAGUAGAGUGACUUCGCUCAGUGGUCUUCAUAUUCUGCAUAUGGAUGAGAGAAAAAAUCAUGCAAAUCCGGAAAUCACUGCUGCUCUUGCUGAGAUGACGGAGGAUCCUUUGGACGGUGUGAUGCCCCUGUUUCACGUGAUGCCGAGGGUAGAUAAAGCGAAGGACCUGAUCGUCGUCCAUCAUAACACCGAAGGGCUGUCUUGUCACGUGCAGGAUAUCGCGCGUCACCAUGAACUGCGUUUUGCUGACGUUUUGUGCCUCACAGAAACACACCUCCGAGGAUCUGCGGCUGCCUGCUUGGAAGGCUAUACCAUGUUUCACAGGAAUCGAAGUGAUUCUUAUACAACCUGUCCCGACUUGGCGACAAAACUUGGUGGCGGCGUAGGUAUUUGUGUCAAAAGUGACAUCGCGGCCCAGGAAAAGAAAUACGUACAGGGUGUGACCGACAUUGAAUUCGUUGCGGUGAAACUCGAAGCUCCCGUCAAUUUGUUGAUCGCUGCCGUUUACAGGCCUCCGGGCCACAGUCUGCGCACAUUUCUGCCAAGCUUGGGAAACCUGUUACGUUAUCUUGAAGUCAUGGACCAUCAUCAGAUCUUGUGUGCUCUUUAUUCAGGUGUCCUGCAAACGUACUACAGCUAUCAUAAUCCUGUUUUCUGUGUUUUGAAUACUGAAAGGUAAGUCAAAUCUAAAUUGUGUAUUUCAGCAUUUGGAAAAUUAACAAGGACGGAAAUCAGAUGGCGUAAGUGGCGGCGUGCGGUGGGUGAUUUGUUGAAUUGAGAUGAGAUGGUAUCGGAGGCGUAGGUGGCUCGGAAAUGCAAAUGUAAUGUUGGCGUUAGGCAGAAACCUCACAAUU